CAAGAGAAGAGACAACAAAAGUAUCCUCACCCACAAUGAGGAUGAUGAUGAGGAGGAGGACAAAUAUGACGAGGAGUUUGUCUUUGAGACUACAGGCGGUGAUGAUUACAAGGGCUUGGAAUCUAUAGUGAAUGAGUCGACUUCUAAUGGUUCAGAAGCUGAUAAGAGAAUUCAUUCGCUUAAAAAGCUACAAAAUUUACAUUACGAACAUGCAAAGAGUAACCCAAAUUUUCACGGGAAGAUGAGGAUCAAAGCUGUCAUAGCUAGGGAUGCCGUAGUAGUAAUGUCAGUCAUGACUUUCAUCAGCUGAUCAUUGAAAAAUUUCAGCUCGUCAUAAUUUCUAAAUGUCUGAGUUUCUGGUUUGUACAAAAGUGGUGCUAUCUUUUGAUCAUGGCAUAUUUGCACCACAUGUAUUUUAUGUUUGAUGGGAGUUGGUUUUACACAUACAUUUGAAUAUGUAUGUGGGCUAUUUAGCUAUGUAUUAAUUUUUUUUAAAAAAUGGGUUGGUCAAUGGAAGUUCCACCGUAUGAUAAAAAGAAUGAAAUCUUUACCUAUCAAUGACUAAAUCUUUACCAUUGGAAAUUACCGUUUUCUAGUUAGGAGCGUUGGGAAAUUACAAUUGAGAACAAUAUAUGUAUCACGAUUUAG